ACUUAAGUCCUGUUUCACUUAUCAAGGGACAGCCCUGUCCUGCAGUGGUGAAUUCAAGGUUGUGCCUUCCUGUGACAGACUUUGCCAGACAUGUGGACAACAGAACGAAUCACUUGGGCAUCUAUACGUUUUGGGCAACAGGAGUAUAUUUCUUUUUUCUUUGUUUUUCCUAAUUCAAGCAUCUAACGGAGGAUGUUUGUUAAAGGAUUGACAGCUUUUUCUGCGUUCUGUGAGGGUGCCUGUUGAAGGAUUAUAGGUAACCAACUGGUUAAACCAGUUUUCUACUUUGCUCCUAGAACUUUCACUCAUAUGCCAGCAGAGGGCACACUUUAACAGCAUACUACAGUUGAUAGAUUAUUUAUUAUUAUAUUAUUAUUGCUGUAAUUUGUCUUAAUCUUUGUGAUGUUAAAAGUCAUUUAAUUAUUUGUGAACUCCUUUUUGUAGUUCUCAUGCAAGCGUUCCCUUGAGGCAUUAUUUUGUUGAUUCCUGGAGGUACUUGGAGGUCAGAUACAUAUUAAAGAAAUGAAUAGAAUAAAAUAAAUAAUAGUCGUAACCAUACCUUUAAGUAUAGUUAGUUGAACUUAGCUGCUUACUGGAUUCAGACUUAUUGGAGGAAAAACUCCCAAAGCAAUGAUUGACGACAGGUUUGAGACCAAGCCCGAUUUGGGUUGAACAAGGAAGUUGCCCAAAGAAAAUAAAAAACUCCACUGACUAGUGUGUAAAGAGCACAUUUGACUUGCAAAGAGACAUGUAGGUAGCAGAGCUGCCGAGGAGCAAUCACAUUCACAUCCAAGAUGCUGAAAAGAACUUUUCAUUUCCUGGCACUUUUUGUCUUACUCAGUACAGUGUGCUGUGCUGUGUUUUUAUUCUACAGCAAAGGCAGGUAUAUAGAGUUUUCUUCCGUACUGUUACCCGUAGCAGGUGGAAAGUUGGAUAUAUUCUCAAAACUAAAAGGUCAUGCUCAGGAGCCUGAAGUCAGAAGUCAAGAAAUGGCAGCAAUGCCAGAAUCUUCAAAUAACAAGACGACAAAGAUGCCAAUAUCAUCUACCCCCAAAACAGCAACAAGUUCAACUUCAACUUCCAAAAAGACUUUGGAAGCCUGCCCCGACACUCCUCCAAAGCUUGUGGGGCCCCUUCAUGUGGAGUUUAACACGAAACGGACUCUGAAGGGAGUCAGAGAAGAGGUUGGUUCUCUUCUUCAGAACGGAGGACGCUACAAACCGCUGGACUGUAUCUCACAACAUAAGGUGGCAAUCAUCAUUCCAUUCCGAAACCGGUAUGAGCACCUGACGCACUGGCUGUAUUACCUCCAUCCAAUCUUGAUCCGACAGCAGUUGGACUACGGCGUGUAUGUCAUCAACCAGGACGGAGACGGGGUGUUCAACAGGGCUAAACUGAUGAAUGCAGGAUACCUGGAAGCUCUCAAGGAGUAUGAUUAUGAAUGCUUUGUCUUCUCUGACAUAGACCUGGUGCCCUUGGAUGACCGGAACCUCUACAGAUGUUUUAGCAAUCCGAGACACUUGGCUGUGGCUAUGGACAAAUUUAACUUCCAUUUACCUUAUAACACCUUCUUUGGUGGAGUAUCCUCGCUGUCUAAGCAACAGUUCUUGAAAAUCAACGGCUUUCCAAACACUUACUGGGGGUGGGGGGGUGAGGAUGAUGACAUCUAUAGGCGGAUCGUCUACCAUGGCAUGUCCAUUUCUCGCCCCGACUCUGUCGCUGGAAAGUACAGGAUGAUCAAGCAUGAAAGAGACCUGCACAAUGAGCCCAAUCCAGAGAAUCCAGGCAAACUCGGUAAAACUCAGUGGACUAUGCAAAAGGAUGGUCUUAAUUCUCUACAUUACACAGCCAAAGAGGUUGUGAAGGAUCUGCUGUACACCUUUAUCACUGUGGAUAUCCAGGCUCCAGCGAGCUGAAUGACAAUGCCAACCUUUUGACUGCAGAUAACUGUUGAAUUGCAGGACUUUCAGUCUCAUAACUUAAAAGGUAUGGGUCACUGUGAUGGGGGGUAUUGUUUUAUUCAAAUCCUUAUAAAUCCAGUACACUAGGUGGGUAUUUUGGUGACGGGUUGUAUGAAUAUCGUUUAUAUAUGUGUGAACAUACCCAAGCUGGCACAUAGUGAAUGUGAACCUCAUGAUUUUCAGUUAACAAUAUUUUGCAAACAUGAUCACAGUUGCACAAGCCCCUAAUACGCGGUGGUGAAAAAGAAACGUCUUAAAGUUACUUGUACACAAACGUCCUGGAAAGAUUCAUAUGAGAUUGUGGUGGAUGGAUUGUUGAGCACCAGAAACACCACAGUGGAAGUAUCUCAGCCACGAUACCAAGGAGUAACAGUUUAUUUAACGUGAAUACCUAGACUGAAGUUUAUCAAUUUAUUUGAAGAUAUUUUUUAUAUUUUUUAAUUCAUGGCUGACUCAUUGUUGACACUUCAGUAAUAUGUUUAUGUAGUAAUUGCUCAGGGGUCAUGUUCUGGGUCUCUGGAAAACACCUAGAAACAACUUCUGUUGUAAGAGAUGCUGUAUAAAUAAAACUGAAUUGAAUUGAACUGAAAAAUAAAA